AUAUUCACAAAGUAAACUAAGGAAUUGGUAGAAAAGACAGAAUGAAUCAUCUGUAAGUGGUCAUCACGUAUCGUGCCCCGUUCGAGCAGAAUCAUAUUAACUCCCAGUACAAUAGGUGGCGCUGUUUAUCUCUGUUCAGCUCGUUAAAGCUCUCGAAGAAGUAAACGCGGAAGAAUCGGCGAGUCGUCGAGGUACUCGUGUGACGAUGGUGUUGAAGGACAUACCAGCAGAAAACAUCACCCGUCCCUUGGGUCGCAAUGAGGUUAUUGGCUUACUCUUCCGCCUUACGAUAUUUGGUGCCGUCACCUACUUUACGAUAAAGUGGAUGGUGGAUGCUAUCGAUCCAACAAGAAAACAAAAAGUAGAAGCACAGAAGCAGGCAGAGAAACUCAUGAAGCAGAUUGGAGUGCACAAUGUCAAGCUGUCCGAGUAUGAGAUGAGUAUUGCAGCCCAUCUGGUGGACCCUUUAAGUAUGCAAAUUACAUGGAGUGAUAUAGCUGGCCUCGAUGACGUUAUAACUGAGCUAAAGGACUCCGUCAUUCUUCCCAUCCAGAAAAGGCAUCUGUUCGAAAGGUCAAAGCUGCUUCAGCCUCCCAAAGGGGUGCUAUUGUACGGGCCUCCGGGCUGUGGAAAAACUCUGAUAGCCAAAGCCACAGCAAAAGAGGCAGGUUUCCGGUUCAUCAACCUGCAGCCCUCCACUCUGACAGAUAAAUGGUACGGCGAGUCCCAGAAACUGGCCGCAGCCGUCUUCUCCUUGGCCAUCAAGCUCCAACCAUCUAUCAUCUUCAUUGAUGAAAUUGACUCCUUUUUAAGAAACCGCUCCAGCUCAGACCAUGAGGCUACAGCCAUGAUGAAGGCUCAGUUCAUGAGCUUAUGGGACGGACUAGACACGGAUUACAAAUGCCAGGUUAUAAUUAUGGGUGCCACCAACCGCCCUCAGGAUCUGGACUCGGCUAUCCUGCGCAGAAUGCCUACUAGGUUCCACAUUAAUCAGCCUAAUAUCAAGCAGAGGGAAUCGAUACUGAGGCUUAUCCUGGAGAACGAGAAUAUUGGGGUUGGUGUAAACCUGCAUGAAGUAGCAAGAAACACCGAUGGCUUCUCAGGAAGUGACCUCAAAGAGAUGUGCCGAGAUGCGGCUCUGCUGUGUGUACGAGACUUUGUGCAUGCCGAAGACGGUUCAGAGGAAGACUUCAUCCGACCCAUCCAGCAGACUGACCUCCAAAAAGCCAUUGAAAAGAUGAAGAAAUCCAAAUCAGCAGGAACACCAAGUAUGAUGAUGGAUUCAGCUCUGGACUGAUUCUGAUACUACUGGCCAGGGUGAAUUGUUUUUCCCCCAGAAGAUCAUCAUAAUAAUUUUUGUAGGUUUAUCAUAUAAUAUGGUUUGCAUAAGAAGGUGCUCUAGAAACAGGAUGUUUGAUCUAUCAACUUUUUAUUUUUAUUAUUUUUUUGCAAUAUGCCUUUUUUCCCCCCCUUUGCUCUGUUCUGUAUCAUAGUGCCUUUUAGGCAUUAGGUUUGCUAAGCACUUGCUGCAUGUGAUAUUAGAAUAUUUAUAAAAUUGUACAGAAGCAGGUAACAUGUAUAUAAAGCACCUAGGUCAUAAUUAAUUUCAGUAAAUAAAGAAGAUAAUGUAAGGGAAUUGGGAUUCCUUUGUAGUACUAAAGAAUUACUGGUGUGUUUAGCGAAGUACAUUUACAGAUGCAGUGGAUAUGUCCUGGGGAAAAAAGUGCAGGGUUUUUUUUGUGGUGAAAAUGAAACCAAGAUGUCAGUUGUUAUGUGAUAUCGCAACCAACUAAAUUCCUUCUGAUGCCCUCUCUUUGUUGACCUGAAUUUGCGCUUCGGGCCGUUAUCGAGCCGGAAGGUGACAUUUUUCCUCUAACGGAGGCAUGCAGCUUUUUUUUAAACCACUAUACCAACAUGCUUCAUCAAUUUAGCAUCUUUCACAAUCAUGCCCACAAAGUUCUACCUUGGUCUCGUCAGGUCAUAACGCAUUUUGCCACAUAGAUUGGGAUGAUUGUAUCUAACUUUUAGCAAAUUCGAGGCAGAUUUGGAUGGUUUUUAUUUUCCAUGAGAAUAAACAUGCCCAACUUGUAAAGAUUAUGAGCGAUUGUCAGUUGCAGGGAGUGAGAAGCACGUCACCAGAUAUAACGUUAAUGAUGCUGUAAGCCUCUUUGCAGCCUCACUGAUACGAUUUCGGCUUUAGUCCAUUUAGAGUGGACAUCCUCUUCAUGGUAAUGUCACUGUUGUGCUCCACUUGUUGCUAAACGUGUUUAGCACACUAUAUAUAGUAUAUUCAUGCUGAUACAUUUUAACAAUGUGAUCCUGUACAUGCUUUGGAAGCUGUUUGUAUACACGGUUUCAGGAGUCAGACGAAACCAUGAUGAAUUCAAGAAGAAAAUCAGCUGAUUUGUAUGUGGGGUUAAUCCGAGUCACUGAAUGUGAUCGGUUCACUCGGUGCACCGCCACAUACCCCAUUAUAAAAGUCUGGGUGCAUUUGUGCAACCAGGUUAUCAUAAGCUUUUUUCAUUUUCUACCAGAAAUGUUUUUCACUUGGUUGUUGGUUGCUGUGUCACAUUAAAGAUCUGACCGGA